GCCAUUUUUCCUUCUUCUUCCUUUGCUUGCUUGUUACCGCCCGGGCCCUGUUACACACUUCUUCACGCCUUCCCAAACAAACACCUUCUUCUUCUUCUGCAUAUUCAGUUGGGUGAUCAAGACGAGGAAGCUACUAUUACUGUUUACCUACAGUUGAUAAUCAUGGAUUCCUUGCCAUCAGUCUCACCUUCCAUAGUCCUGCCUCGCAGUACCCACCUCUUCUCUUCGCGACGCCGCCAUCUCUCCCUCUCUUCUUCCCGUUCCAUCACUGCUCUCUUCCUUCCCCGCUACUCCUCCUUGUUUCGCUCGCCUACUAGGAGGGUAUCCCCGCAAGUCGUUAAUUGCAAAUUUAGCGGCCAGGAAGAUGCCAGACAAGACGACGGAGAAGAUGAUAAUGGAAAUGAGGAUAUGGAAAGGGCUCUCCACUUGGACGGUACCAUUCCGGGGACUCCUGAUGAGUUCGUGAAGAGGGUCUCCUCCCGUGCUUACGAUAUGCGCAGGCAUCUGCAACAGAGCUUCGAUUCCAGCAGCUAUGACGUAUUGGACGCCAACCCAUGGAGAGAAGCUUCCAAGCCUGUAUAUGUACUAACUCAAAGAGAGAACCAGUUGUGCACAAUGAAAACACGAAGAAAUCGCAGUGAAGUUGAAAGGGAGCUUGGGUUACUGUUUUCUAAAGGAGGGAAGCGAAGAUCUGAAUAUGGCAACCAGGCUAAACAGUCUAGAGGAACGAAGUUCCAAAUGCUUGUGGAGGACAUUAGGGAUGGAGUACUUGUAUUUGAAGACGAGAAGGAAGCUGCACGAUACUGUGACUUACUGCAGGGAGGAGGUCAAGGUUGUGAGGGUGUCGCAGAGAUUGAAGCUUCAUCAGUGUUUGAUCUUUGCCAGAAGAUGAGGGCACUUGCAGUGCUGUUUCGUAGGGGAAGGACACCUCCAUUGCCUCGGAGUCUAGAGCUCAGCUUGAGAGCCCGUAAGCGGUCUCUCGAAGACUAAAUGAAGCUGACUUAUAUCUAACACAGGAAAGAAAGAUGAAAAGAAAGAAAGAAAGAAAAGAGAUGCAUUUGCUUCAAAUUGGAUCCCAUUAUUAGUGUAAUUUAUAAAUUCAUUUCAGACAAACUAAUAAAUAUCUAAAAAGAAGAAAGAAAUUGCAGCAAUUGAUUUAAGUAUAUUUACACGUCCUAUUAUUUUUAUCAUGUUCAUUUGCCA